UCCGCUUUGAAGGCGAGGACCUGAGCGAGUAUAAGGGGUGCAGCUUCCGGUCUACCGAGGGUGAAUUCUCAGGUCUGGUCGGGAGUCAGGCCAUCAUGCCUCGUGGUCAGAAAAGUAAGCUCCGUGCCCGUGAGAAACGCCGCAAGGCCCGAGACGAGACCCAAGGUCUCAGUGUUCUUCAGGUCACUGAAGCAGAGGAAGAAGAGGCCCCUUGCUGUUCCUCUUCUCUUUCUGAGGGUGCUGCUUCAAGCUCCCCUGCUGCUGGCAUUCCCCAGAAGCCUCAGAGAGCACCCCCCACUGCUGCUGCUGCUGCUGCUGCUGUAGGUGUUUUACCCACAAAAUCUAAAAAAGGUGCCAAGAGCCAAAGAAGGGAAAAAGCAAGUUCCUCCCAGGCCUCAACAUCCACUGAGAGCUCAAGGGAAGAUCCUCUAACCAAGAAGGCAGGGCUGUUAGUGCAUUUUCUGUUGUACAAGUCUAAAAUGAAAGAGUCUGUUACAAAGGGAGAAAUGCUCAAGAUUGUCGGCAAAAGGUUCAGGGAGCACUUCCCUGAGAUCCUCGAGAAAGCCUCCGAGCGCCUGAAUGUUGUCUUUGGCCUUGAGAUGAAGAAAGUCAACCCCAGAGGCCACACUUACACCUUUGACAGCAAGGAAGACCCCACUAAUGAAGAAUGUCAGCUCCGUAACUGGGGCUUUCCCAGGAGCGGGCUUCUGAUGCCUCUCCUGGGUGUGAUCUUCUUAACCGGCAACUCUGCCACUGAGGAAGAGAUCUGGGAAUUCCUGAAUAUGUUGGGAGUCUAUGAUGGAGAGGAGCACCUAAUCUAUGGGGAACCCCGGAAGCUCAUCACCCAAGAUCUGGUGCAGGAAGGAUAUCUGGAGUACAAGCAGGUGCCCAACAGUGAUCCCCCACGCUAUCAAUUCCUGUGGGGUCCAAGAGCCUAUGCUGAAACCACCAAGAUGAAAGUCCUCGAGUUUUUGGCCAAGGUGAAUGAUACCACCCCCAGUGCCUUCCCAGUCCAUUAUGCAGAGGCUUUGAGAGAUGAAGAGAAAGCUGGAGUCUGAGCCAGAGUUGUAGCCAGGCCUUACACUACUGCCAAGGCCAUUCUCCCAGAGCCAAGUUUACCUGCUGUUCUCACCCCCAAUGUGGUCUUAGGCAGAUUGUUUACUUUGUAAUUGAAAAGGCCUGUUAAUCUUUGUUCUUGUUAUGCAUGAAUAACUUGUUGACUUUUUAAAAAUCUUUUUCCUCUAGUGUUUCUUUCAACAGGUUUAUUUAGAUUCAGAAUAUAAAUAUACAAAUGAUAUGGAUCACCUUGUUGUUGCUGUUUUUCAGGGAUAGUAGAAAGUGUUUUGUUUUUUGAGUGAAACAAAUUAUUAAUAGAAAUCCUUAAAUCACUUUUAUAAUCCAGGAUAAGAAAAUGUGGCAUUGGAAUAGAAAUAUCUUUGAAAAUGUGAAAGACCCCAUAGUGAAAUAGUUGGGAUCAGAAGCCAGAGGGGUAAAGAUGGUCAAUUCCUGGUUUACUUUACUUCAUCUAAUCCUUCUUUACAUAAAGAUACAUAUGUUUUAAAAGUUACAUACCUGGAUUUGUUUAUGUCAUUCAAGAAUGUGUGAGAAAUUAAAUCAUAAUUAAUUAA